AUGCCUAUCCAAAGCAAGCAAUGGGUUCUUAAUGGGAGUGGAAGUCUCGACAGUCUGAAAUGUCAGACUGUCUCUAUUCCAGCAUUAGGUCAACACGAUGUUCUGGUCAAGCUCAAGGCGGUGUCGCUGAACUACCGUGAUCUGGCUAUGGCCUUGGGCAAAUAUCCUCGUGCACAACCACCCGGAGUAGUUCCAGGCUCCGAUGGCGCCGGCGUCGUCGUUGACGUAGGUAGUGGCGUCACUGAGUUCAAGCUCGGUGAUCGGAUCGCCACAUGCUUCUUUCAGGAUGGUGACACAGGCCGCCCAAACCGCAAGCAACCAAGAAUAUCCCUCGCAGGAGAAGCAGAUGGCGUCUUGCGUGAAUACGGGAUAUUUCCCGAGCACGGCCUCGUGAACAUCCCUCAACAUCUCGAUUGGCGGGAGGCAAGUACUUUGACCUGUGCAGGAGUGACUGCUUGGAGCUGUCUUCAUGGCGAUAGGCCAGUAGCCCCGGGAGACUAUGUCUUGAUACAAGGGACUGGAGGAGUCAGCCUCUUUGGGUUACAGUUCGCUAUUGCUGCCGGAGCCCACGUCAUUGCCACCACCUCAUCAGCCGACAAGGUCGAGCUACUGAAGUCUCUGGGCGCACAACAUGUCGUUAACUAUCGAGAAGAACCAAAUUGGGGGCUGAAAGUGCGUGAGCUCACUCCAGGUAAAGUAGGUUGUGAUAUCAUUCUGGAUGUUGGUGGUCCCAGCAACUGGGCACAAAGCCUGCAAGCAGUGCGGACAGCAGGUGAUAUCCACCUGAUUGGCUUCCUUGGAGGAAGUCCUGACGACCAAGACCCCAAGGAACCUACACCUAGUUUCUGGGAUCUUCGGCAGAGACUCUGCAACCUCAAGAGCGUCGCUGUUGGCAGCAGGCCUCAAUUCGAGGCUAUGAACAAAGCAAUUGAUACCUUCAAGAUUCGGCCUGUGGUAGAUGUUGCGAGAUUCGAUCUCGAUCAUGCCAAAGAUGCCUAUCAAUAUCUGAUCGAUGCGAAACAUAUAGGCAAGAUCGUCAUCGAUAUAGUAGACGCGGGAUAUGAUGUAAAAUUAUGA